AUGGCACCAUCGGCAAUUGAGGAGAAGAAGGAGGAUGCUGUCGUUCCUUUCAAGCCUCACGGCAAGGAGGACAUGACGCCUCUGCAGGCCAUCUCGCAGGGUGUCUCCCUCCCCGGCAUCCCCCUCUACUCGGAAAUCGAUAAGCAACGCCACUUCAUCCUUUCUCACAUGGCGUGCGCCUUCCGCGUCUUUGCUCGCAAGGGCUUUACUGAGGGAAUGUCUGGUCACAUUUCCGUGCGAGACCCCGAGAACCCUCACACCUUCUGGACCAACCCUCUGGGCAAGCACUUCGGUCAGCUUAAGGCGUCGGACAUGAUCUUGGUCGACUACGACGGCAAGGCCAUUGGCGGAAACAUGUCGCGGCCGGCCAACGCAGCAGGAUUUCUGAUCCACAGUGCGGUGCACAAGGCGCGGCCAGAUGCCAACGCAGCCUGCCACACGCACUCCAAGGCCGGUAAAGCAUGGAGCGCGUUCGCACGGCCUCUCGAGAUGCUCAACCAGGACGUGUGCUACUUCUAUGGCGACGCCCAGGCCGUUUACAAGGAUUGCGGCGGCAUCGUCUUCUCCGAGGAAGAGGGCAAGCGCCUGGCAGGUGCUUUGGGCCCCAACGGCAAGGGCAUGAUUCUCAGGAACCACGGUCUGUUGACUGUCGGCCACACGGUCGAUGAGGCGGCUUACUUGUACUGCUUGAUGGAGAGGAGCUGCGAGGUCCAGCUCAUGGUCGAGGCGGCGGCCGCAAACGGCGUACCCAAGGUUCUCGUGCCGGAUGACGCCGCGCAAUACACAUUCAAGAUGGGUUCGGACAGGGAGUCGCUGUACUGGGAGUUCCAGCCGGACUUCGAGUACGAGGAGGAGCAGUGCAAAGGCGAGUUUUACAACUGA